AUGAUUGGAUAUGAUACCCGAGACCUGACAUUGGUUGAGUACAGUGAAGCGGGUUUUAUUGCUGGAGUUGCGACGAGAUUCCUCAUACAACCUCUUGAUGUUUUAAAAAUUCGAUUUCAAGUUCAGCGAGAACCGACGUUCGGUAAAACUAAAGGACGGUAUCGUGGCAUCUUUCAAGCUUGUUCACGAAUUUAUAAAGAUGAAGGAUUAGUGGCAUUCUGGAAAGGUCAUGUUCCUGCUCAAGGAUUAUCCGCUGUUUAUGGAAUCGUGCAGUUUGCCACUUUUGAAUUCCUUACUGAGCAGGCAAUUCAUUACCCGCUUGCAAAUGAAAAUCGACGAGUAACGGACAUAAUAUGCGGGGCGUUAGCUGGAUGUGGAGCGACGGCUUCUUCGUUGCCGUUCGAUGUUAUCAGGACAAGAUUAAUUAUUCAGGAUCAACGCAAAGUUUAUAGUGGGACGUUGCACGCUAUAAUUUUCAUUUGGAAUUCGGAAGGUUUUCGUGGUUUUUACCGAGGAAUCACUCCAUCUUUAAUUCAGAUUGCUCCUUUUAUUGGUUUGCAGUUUUCCUUAUACAACGCUUUCAGCAGUUCAUGGGAAAGACUUCCAAAAAACUUAGAAUCUUUUGGAUCGUUGUGUUGUGGUGCCUUGGCUGGUGUAAUUUCGAAAACAGCAGUCUAUCCCUUAGAUGUCGUACGACAUCGUUUACAAGCGCGCGGCUUCGAUCGUUUCAAUCAUUUACCAUGGUAUUCUAUGUAUUCUACCAUUGGUUCCAUUCUGAGGGAUGAAAAAAUCACGGGACUUUUCAAAGGGCUCUGGCCAUCACAGCUCAAAGCUGCUUGCAGUUCCGGUUUAGCCUUCAUGUUUUACGAAAUUUGCCUAAGAAUAAUGCAUGAUCUGAAGUCGCAUUAA